AUGGAGGUGAUGAUCAGAGUUAAUAAUUACCCCUCCCCCUCCCNGACGCCCUCGACGACGCACCCGAACCCCCACAACAGGCACCCGGACUACCUCAUCUCCCCGACCGACAUCCCCACGCACGAAAAACCCCACGACCCCCCCAUCCCCGCGAGGUCCCAGCAGUCCUCCCCCCUCUUCAAGGGUCACAAGAUCGUCCACCUGGACCUGAAAGGGGCGCCCCCAGUCCUCAGUUAUUACCGGCACCUCCUCAGGCUCUUCAAGACCCUAGGAGCCACCGGAAUUCUCCUCGAGUACGAGGACAUGUUCCCGUACAGCGAUUCCCUCCAGAAUAUAUCGGCGACAAACGCCUACAGCCCCCAGGACAUUCAGACGAUCCAGGAGAUUGCCUCUGAGAACAAUCUCAUCGUCAUCCCCCUGAUCCAAACCUUCGGACAUCUCGAAUUUCUCCUGAAACUCGACUCCCACAAGGACCUCCGGGAGGUGCCUCGCUACCCCCAGGUCAUCUGCCCCACGAACCCCCAGACCCUUCCCCUCCUCCAUCAGAUGAUCGAUCAGGUGAUCCACCUGCACCCGAACCUGAAGUACCUGCACAUCGGCGCCGACGAGGUCUACCACAUCGGCGAGUGCUCGCGGUGUCUCGACGAACUGUCGAAACACCAGUGGACGAAGCGACAGCUCUUUCUGUCACACAUUAAGAAGGUCGUUGAGUACAUCAAGGGGUCGCAUCCUCGGGUUAAGGUCCUCAUGUGGGACGACGAGUUCCGGGGGAUCAGUCCUGGUGAGAUCGUGGAGACGGGGCUGCAUAAAAUGGUCGAGCCCGUCGUGUGGAAGUACACGAGGAACCCAGCCGCUGCUCUCGAUCAGGUCUGGGAGGGGUACAGCGAGAUCUGGAAGAGCGUUUGGGUGGCCACUGCCUUCAAGGGAGCUACUGAGCCUGAUAGAUAUUGGACGGAUAUAAGCCACCACCUGGAGAACCACCAGCGGUGGUUGGAGAUAAUCGAUCGUUACUCUGAUCGAAUCACGUUCAAAGGUGUCAUCCUCACUGGCUGGCAGAGGUACGACCACUUCAGCAUUCUCUGUGAACUGCUGGCGAGCUCCCUGCCUUCGCUGGCUGUGAACCUCGCUGUGCUGCAAGCCAAGAGUCUCAACGAGUUCUUCGGGGAGACACCCGGGGCCGUAGCGCAGGCCCUCCAGUGCGAGGGGACGGUCUCCUUGACGAUCCCCGAGCCCAACUACGGCUGGACCAAGUGCAGGUUUCCUGGGGUCGAGGUUUACUCAGUUGUCUUGAGGCUCUUCGGGCUCCACCAGGACAUCCAGAGGAUGGAGGAGGAGAACACCUUCAAGGGGUGGCUCAAGGAGUACAACAUCAGACAUGUCUUCUCAAAUCCUAGUUAUGUGGAGCAGGCGGUGGGGGAUUUGGACAGGUUCAAGAUGGAACUCGUUUACAUUGAGAAGGAGAUGAAGAGCGCGAUGGAGGGGAUCUACGACGAGUUCACUUUCAAGGAGUGGAUUGAGACUUUUGUGGUGCCGUUGAACGAGAAGGUCACCAGGCUGUGGGAGGCCAAGGAGAGGAUCCUGGAGAGGGGGAGCUGGCCCAGGAGACCUUUGAAGUCUGAGUUAUAGAUGAUGAAGAGGGGAUUGAGGAGAAUCGACGAUUUUCUCGGGAACUGUUGGGUUUAGGAGAAAAUGCCAGAGGAACUUUUUGUGGGGCAUGAAAUUCUGGAGAAAAAAGGUCCUCUAGGGUUUUUCGAUAGCUGCACUCCUUAGUGAGAUUAUUGAGGGGUUAGUGGGGGAGCGAUUGAAUCAGGCCGAAGGUGGAGUUUUCUUAUAAUUAUGCGAUUAUCUCAGGAAUGAGUGGGUUUAGGAGAAAAUUUUAUGGAACAUUUUUUGUGGGGAAUUGAAUUCUCUAUAAAAAAGGUUCGGUGAUGUUUUCUUGUAGAAUCAACUGUUGUCGAGAUAAUCCGUAAUUAAGAAAUGGAGUUUUGUAGGGAUGAAGAAUUUAAUGAUUUUUUUCAUGAUUGACGUUUUGAUGGCGUAAUUUUGUGGGGAAAAUUUUUCUGUGGAAAUUUGUAGUGGGUUUAGAGCCUUCUGUGUUCCCUGGGAAUUCUUAUCUCUGAUCUGCGCACAUUUGAGAGAUUAAUCUAGUUACAGAACACCUAGUUGUCAAUGAAUCAUUGAUAGCUGUUCUGGGAUUACCAGUGAUGCUUCCAGUUAUAGUUUACUUCUUUUCAUUUAGAGGAGAAAGGUCACUUGUAAUUAUGUACAAAUAGAGUGCGAGAAUCGUAGUGAAUUAGACGAGAAUUAGAGUGAUUAGAGGAAUUUUCUUCCGUUCUGGAUAGAAUCCAGAGUUAACACUGUCUUACGAUAAUUUAUGUGAUAAUCUGCAUUGAAAAAACGGAGAAUCAGAUCCGAUAUCUACGGUGCAGAGAUUAUUUUUAUCAUGACAAGAAUAAUUAGAAAAAUGAAAAUUUAUGGAGCCAAUAUUCGAAUGAAGAAAGUAAUGAUUUUGCCAUGCAAAACGAUCUUUAGCUUCCGACUUGAUUACUGCAUAUCAUAAGAGGACGUAAAUUAAUUUUGAGAGGAAAAAUGUACUAUUAUUUAUUAUUCAUCAAUUACUAAUGAUAAUUGGGUCUGAAUUUGUUAUGAAAUUGUAACAAAAACGUAAAUAUACAGAAGAAAAAGUUA